CACUAAUUUCCAGAGCAAUCCAAAAAAAGGAAGCAGCCGAAAAAGAACAAAAACCUGCAGCAUUUACAUUUAAAUAUAAAUCCGAAGCAAAGAAACAGCAAAAUGGUGGACUACAGCAAGUGGAAGAACAUCGAGAUUUCGGAUGACGAGGACGACACUCACCCGAACAUAGACACGCCUUCCCUGUUCCGCUGGCGGCACCAGGCGCGCGUGGAGCGCAUGGCGGAGAUGGACCACGAGAAGGACGAGUUUAAGAAGAAGCGCCAGAGCUACCAGGCGCGCCUCAUGGACGUCAAGGAGCGGAUCUCAAAGAAGGAUGGCGACGAGGAGGCUCUAAAGAAAGAGCUCGAAAAGAUCGAGGCCGAUGGCAAAGAGCUGGACCGCAUCGAGAGCGAGAUGAUUAAAAAGGAAAAGAAAACACCCUGGAACGUGGACACCAUCAGCAAGCCCGGCUUCGAGAAGACCGUGAUCAACAAGAAGGCCGGCCGCAAGGCGGAUGAGAAUCUGUCCGAGGAAGAGCGAGAGCAGCGCAUGAGGCAAUUCGUUAAGGAGAACGAGAAGCUCUGCAAACAGUAUGGCAUGCUGCGCAAGUACGACGAUUCGAAGCGGUUUCUGCAGGAGCAUCUUCACCUGGUGGGCGAGGAGACGGCCAACUACCUGGUCAUCUGGUCCAUCAACCUGGAAAUGGAGGAGAAGCACGAGCUGAUGGCCCACGUGGCGCAUCAGUGCAUUUGCAUGCAGUAUAUUCUAGAGCUGGCCAAACAGCUGGACGUGGAUCCUCGCGCCUGUGUCAGCUCCUUCUUUUCGAAGAUCCAGCACUGUCAGCCCGAGUACCGCGCGCAGUUCGACAGCGAGAUCGAAGGUUUCAAAGGACGCAUCCAGAAGCGUGCGCAGGAGAAGAUCCAGGAGGCGAUAGCCCAGGCCGAAGAGGAGGAGCGUAAGGAGCGCCUCGGACCUGGUGGUCUGGACCCAGCCGAUGUUUUUGAAUCCCUGCCCGAUGAACUAAAGGCCUGUUUCGAGUCCCGCGACGUAGAGCUGCUGCAGAAGACCAUUGCGGCCAUGCCCGUGGACGUGGCCAAGCUGCAUAUGAAGCGUUGUGUGGACUCCGGUCUCUGGGUGCCCAAUGCCGCUGACUUGGAGGGUGACAAGAAGGAGGAAGAUGACUCGGGUGACGUCGCCGGUGGCGAGGAGAAGACCGACGAUGCCAAGUCGGAGAGUGCGGCCAAGGAGGAGCCCAUCUACACUGGCGUCAGCACAGAGGACGUUGACUGAUCGCCGUCACUUUUCCAUCUACACCAUAGCUAUAAUCUUAAUGUACUGUCCACAAGCAUAUUUCAUCCAUAGCCAGAUCCUGCGUCAGUUGAGUUAUUGUAUAUAAUUUGAAUAAAUUCUCAGUAACACGUCAAA